AUGUUGAUAGUUUGUGCUUGAACUUAUAGUUUUUUUACUCUUUUAUCAUCUGAUUGAACCUUAUUUUUCAGAUUUGAUGAAAACUAUUGAGAAUUUCAAUAUAGAUUGCAGCCACAUGUUGAUAACAAUUCGAAUAAGGUAAAUAGUUUGUAGAGUAUACUGACAGCUGUCUAUAGAUCCCCUCAUACGUGUGUGCAGUGAUAGCACGGGCCACAAUCUCCGAAAGUCAACCAGACCGGGAUUCCGUCGAUUACUCAUCCUCUACUGCUACGGUGCCUAUCGAGACUUUCCGCAUCUGUGACUCGAUCACAUGCGUCCCAAUUCCGUCGAACGAUAUAUGCGAAAAUUCUAAUUCGAAUGAAAACCGGGAGAAAUCCACUGGAUCAACUGAUUGGACGCUUGUGACUUCAAAGAAGAAAACGAAAAAGCCCAUUGAAAAAUCAAUGGGGAAAUCAGAGUUACCGAUUCGUUCUACUAAUGAAAAACAGCCAAAACUUAGAAGAGUAAACAGACCUUUGGUUGGUACUCAGAAAACGAGUAGUCUUCAUGUGGUUCCGAAGAAGCAACUUUCACACAUACAUGUGUCAAGACUGAGCCCUGAAACUACUGAGUUGGAACUAAAGAACUUCAUUCAACAAUAUACACAGGAUGUCUCUUGUGAAAAACUCAACUCCCAGCGACCGGACGUAUAUUCUUCGUUGAAGAUAACGCUUCCCAGGGACUUACAUGAAACAGUAAUGGAUCCUGCAUUCUGGCCCGAGGGCGUGGCUGUGACUAAUUUUUUCAUGAAGCGCCGUCAACCUACCAUGAAAAGGAAUUUGAAGAUAAUCCAGCUCAAUGUGCAGGGUAUAAACGAUAAAUUUAAUUACUUAGAUGUCAUUAUAAGUAUUGAAAACCCGGAUAUCUUGAGUAUAGCCGAAGUUUGGUCAUCCCCAGAUCAAGUGUCUUUUUUAGCAAUAAACGGUUAUUAUAUAGCUGCUUCAUAUUGUAGAUCAUUGCAUCAACGUGGUGGUACAGCCAUUUAUGUCAAGUCGGAUUAUUUAGCCGAAAAUAUUAAGCAGAUUGAAGGGUUCUCUUUCGAACUGCAGUGCGAACUUUGUGCUAUAAAUCUCAAAGUAUCCACUAAAAAUGUUUCCAUUAUAAGUGUCUACAGGCCUCCUGGGGCUAAUACCGAGUUUUUUGUUGAUUCAUUAUCAUGCGCGCUUGACUGUUGUUUUGCUAGAUCCGAUCUGAUUUUCGUAUGUGGUAAUUUCAAUAUCAAUUAUUUCGCUCCCCACAAUUAUCUUGAUUAUUUGCUGUUGAGGUACAAUCUUAAAAUAACUUCCACGGAACCAACGAGAAUUUUCACGGAUAGGAACGGCAAGACUAGUUCUAGUAAAAUCGAUUACAUCUUGACGAAUGCUAGUACCGAUUUUUUGUCUGUCGGGGUAUUUGAGAGUAAUAUAGCUGAUCACAAAGCCAUACGACUAAUAUUUAAUUAUAAUACAGAUGUCGAAACCACUAAACCUGUCCUGAGAUCAUUUCGACUAUUGAAGAACGAGAAUCUUCAAAUCCUGUCUGAGAUGGCUGCCUCAACUUGCUUUGAUAGUGUUUAUUCCUUCACGGAUGUUGAUGGUGCAUUCGAAGAGUUUCUCAAUAUUUUUUACUUCCUUGGUUGAUUCUGCAUGCCCGGUUGUGCAGAGAGCAUCUGUGAGAUCGAAAACUCAAAGGUGGGUCACUAGAGAGGUUAGAAAGGUGAGUUCUGAUCUAAAGAAUCUUCAUUGGUUACAUCAGAAUUUGAAGUCUCCGGAAUCAAGGAACUUCUAUAUUGCGGCAAAGAAGUGCUUUAAGCAGCUGCUUAGGUCCAGUAAGGUAGAUUUCUUCAACAGAAUUUUGGAUUCAUCAACGAAUAGGUCGAGAACGGUUUGGAAUUUGGUAAGGACUGAAACGAGCCAGAACUCCGCUACUCAGGAGAUAAAUUUGAGCGAUA